AUGCAUCAUAAUGAAUUUCAAUAUUCAGAUUUGUUGAAACCGGAAAUAUUAUCAAGUGAUGAUAACGGUCGUACAAAAUCAUAUAAAAAACUCUCAAAACAAUGCUCAUUUCAUAAUUUAACAAAAGUUCUAACUGCAGACGACAGUCACGACAAUGAUGAUUCAAAUUGGCCAAAGACAACAGCAGCUAAUAAACGAGUGUUACUUGAUAAUAUUAGUGGCAUUGUUCAUCCUGGAGAGAUAUUAGCUAUAAUGGGAGUAUCAGAACCUACAACCGGUCUCGACAGUGCUUUAGCCACAUCGUUGAUUCAAUUAUUAAGAAACUUAGCUGAUGAACAGAGAAAGACAGUUAUUCUUUCAAUUCAUCAGCCUUCUUCACAGAUAUUUCAAACAUUUGAUAAAGUUAUGCUUAUCUCCCAAGGCGCAAUAGUUUUUAUGACAAAUGAAAAACAAUGGAAGAAUUUUAAGAUUAAUUUUCAUGGUACAGCCUCAGAAUUUCCAGGAAAUAAAAUUUGUGGAACGAUUAAUAUCGAACCUGAUUCAGCUCGACAACUUAUCGAAAAAUUUAUUUUACUCGUUAAUGAUCGUUAUUGUGGUGAAUUUGAUCAUUCUUAUAAGUCUAUAUCAAUAACAGGUUUCGAUAUAACUAAAGAAGAAAAUCUCAUAAAAAUUCAAAUUCAAGCACUUCCUUAUAAUAAAAAGUGA